GCUGUCGGAACUGCCGCAUACAUGGACUCAGUUGCUUAGUUACGCACUUUCGGCUAGCCCCUGCUCUGAAAUUGUGGAAUUGUACGUUAUAAAUAAGUAAUAAUAAAGUAACAGUAUGCAGGACGAUGAAACUGAAUUGUCUUUAACUAUAGCACAAGUCGUACAAAAACUCCAAGGAUCAAAUCUGCACUCCCAAUUAGAGCGACAAGCAAGGGGUUGUAUGUGUAGCUCAGAUGUUCACUUGGAAUCUCUCAAGGAAGAUGUAAAGGAAUUUUUAAGAAAAUCAGGUUGGAAAAAGAAGCUUCAGAAUGCUGUUUUCCGGGAACUCAAUGUGGUUCCAUCAGUCACUCAUCCUGCAUCACCACCUGAACACCUAAAGGAGCCCCUGGCCUACAUGAGAAAAGCACAGGCUAGCUGGGAAAAACGAGUACUGAAAAGUCUAAACAGCAUGUGUACAGAACUGAGCAUUGCUCUGGCUCGCAAGCGACCUGUGGAUGAACAAAAGGAACUCCUAAAUAAAUGGAAUGAAAUGAGUACUGAUGAGCCAGAUUUAAGUCUCUUCAGACCUGUAUAUGCACCUAAAGAUUUUCUUGAGGUCUUGAUAAACCUUCGUAAUCCAAACUAUGACUCCAGCGAUAUAACUAGUUUUAGGACACAUUUGGGCUUGAUUCAAGUUCCACUUCGUAUUAAAAGCAUCGUGGAUCUGCGAAAGUUUUUUACGGAACUGAACCUGAGUACUGGACAUUUGGGAAUUGAUGACGCUACAUUAGUAUCUCCAGACCUUUUCGAAAACCAGCAUGAACGUACUGGAAAGAAAGUAUUAGCAGAACAUGAUAGUGCUGCAGCUCAACAGUAUGUGCGACAAGGAUGCCCAACUGGCCUACGAGCCGAACUAUGGGCACUUAUCCUGAAUGCUGGCAACCAGCCUGAGGAUACGUUAUAUUAUGAGCAGCUGAAGUCUAAUGUGAUACAGUAUGAUCUCCUGGUUGACAGCUUGAUCUACAAGGAUGUGAAGCUGACUGCAAGUAAUGAUGACUACUACUUUGUUUUUGAAGAUUAUCUGUAUCAGGUUUUGUUGUGCUUUUCCCGUGAUACAUCUGUCUUAGAGCAUUUCACCUACAGUAGUGCCUCUCCACCUAAAUCAUACAUAAGAGGAAAGUUGGGAAAUGAAGAGUAUGCCGUUACUUACCCACCCAAUGGUGUGAUCCCAUUCCAUGGCUUUUCCAUGUAUGUUGCUCCACUUUGUUUCCUGUAUUAUGAGCCAUCCAGAUUAUAUCAGGUGUUUCGUGAGAUGUAUGUACGAUACUUCUUCCGGCUUCAUACCAUUUCUUCUCAUUGUUCUGGUAUCAUAGCAUUAUGUCUGCUCUUUGAAACUCUUCUUCAGAAUCAUCUCCCACAGCUGUUCUAUCACCUACGAGAAAUUGGAGCACAACCACUUCGCAUAUCCUUUAAGUGGAUGGUACGAGCUUUCUCUGGCUAUCUAGCGACUGACCAGCUUUUGCUUUUGUGGGAUAGGAUUCUUGGAUACAACUCACUUGAAAUACUUGCCGUGCUUGCAGCUGCUGUGUUUGCUUUCCGUGCAGAAAACCUGAUGGAAGUGACAUCCCUAGCUGCAGCCGAAGCUGUGCUUGCUGACCUGUCGACCCUGAAAGUCAUGCCUCUACUUCAGAUCUUCCUGUUUGUCACUGCAGCUUAAUGUACUUCAUGGUCACUAAUGCCAUAUCCCCAGUGCUUCAUCAGAAACGGUCAAACUAUGCAAAGCAUGCUUAAAUCAGGAAUGUAGCAAUUUUGCUGUUCAUCUGGAUGAAUCAAUAAAGAUUAUUCUCUGCUGUAUAA